GCAAGCAAGCUAGAGGAAACAGAAGUGUCAAUGUAGCGGAAGUGGUACUGCCCUGAACGAUUCGAGGAGCAAGACGGAGGACGGAGGCUGCAUCGUCCAGAGAAAAAAAGCAGGAAUUAGAGCAGUAAAUAUUACUGAAAAAUGGACAAGAACGACCUGGUACAAAAGGCUAAGCUGGCCGAGCAGGCUGAGCGCUACGAUGACAUGGCCGGGGCCAUGAAGUCUGUGACGGAGCAGGGUGGGGAGCUGUCCAACGAGGAGCGCAACCUGCUGUCGGUGGCCUACAAGAACGUGGUAGGGGCACGCCGCUCCUCCUGGCGCGUCAUCUCCAGCAUUGAGCAGAAGACAGAGGGCAAUGAGAAGAAGCAGGCCAUGGCCAAGGAAUACCGGGAGAAGAUCGAGACCGAGCUGCAGGACAUCUGCAAUGAUGUGCUGGGACUUCUGGACAAGUACCUCAUUGCCAAUGCAACUGCUGCAGAGAGCAAGGUGUUUUACCUGAAAAUGAAAGGCGAUUAUUAUAGAUACCUGUCUGAAGUAGCAGCUGGUGAUGCUAAAAAGACCACAGUGGAUAACUCCCAGCAGGCGUACCAGGAUGCCUUCGACAUCAGCAAGAAGGAGAUGCAGCCAACACACCCCAUCCGGCUCGGCCUGGCCCUCAACUUUUCUGUGUUCUACUACGAAAUCCUUAACAACCCAGAGAAGGCCUGCACCCUGGCCAAGACAGCAUUUGAUGAAGCCAUCGCUGAACUUGACACCUUAAAUGAGGACUCCUACAAAGACAGCACCUUGAUCAUGCAACUACUAAGGGACAAUCUGACCCUGUGGACAUCGGAAAACCAAGGAGACGAGGGAGAGACCGGAGAAGGGGAAAACUAAUGGAAUUGCACUGUUAAUCCACCUCCACUCUUAUCUUAAACACAAACAGCUUAUAAACAUCCCCCCCACUCCAUCAGCCCUCCCCCUUCUGUAUGACAAGCAGCCUGAAUUGUUCCCGGCCAACUAGUUUACCCUCAUAGGUGACUGUAAGGUGACAGGGUAAUGUUCAGUUGUUAGCAGGUUCAGUCAUUUUGUUUGUGAACAUGUGGUUAUAUUGAUUAGCAAGUCCAUGUUGCUGUUGUUUUGUGUGUGUGUGUGCGGGUGUGUGUGCGUGUGUGACUGCACUGUUGUGUAGGGGGUGGGGGGAAAUAUUAUAAUCGUCCUUCCUUAAUUCCAUUGUCCCACCUAGCUGGUUUUGCAUUUUUUUUUGUUACGGUCAUUUUUUUUCUUUUUUUUAGUGUGAUUCGUCUUGGUAUUUACAGGUUUUAUCGUAUGGUUAUUAAACUGGCAGUUAAUUUUCACCAAACACUGUGAUGCUAAGUGUUGCAUUUUCUUCCCCACACCACUAUUGCUUGCUUUUGAAAUUCCGACACAGUACAAUCCUGUAUUUAACAAGGCGAUUCUGCUGUGGGCUCAUACAGAACGGAGGCUGGCUUUGUUGUGAAACUGGCAUCUGGGCGUUUCGCUCUAUAAUCAUUAUCACAAUUUCACCAUUUCAAGGUUUGAUUGAGGGACCCAUUAGUUUGCCAUGUUAGAUUUCUUCCAUUAUAAGACAUUCCACCCGAAUUGUAUUAGGCUUUCUGAAAGGCAGAACUCUUUUUGAACAAAGCGUGGAUUAUUGUCCUAGUGGUGUAAUUUACUGUUCAAGAUCAAGCACUGCUUGAACUCAGUACAAUGAAAAUUGUAUGUGCUUAAAUGUUGUUCCAUGUAUUUUGCAAGAUUGACUAUCAUCUUUCUGUAAAACCUAAAGUAACAGAACCUUUUUUCGACGUUAAUUGAAAAUGUCUUAUCACACUGUAUCAACCCUGCUUGCAAAAUAUUCCUCUUAAAGCGGUUGUUUUCUCCAA